AUGGAACCGGGAGAAGCCCCUUCCGUCGGGGACAGCGCUACCGCUUCAGCCCCGGAUGGGGAUGCAAGUGUUACGGGGUCAACGAUCGACGCGGUUGACACCGGGGGAUUGAAGUCGGUGGAGUCUACAGCGGUAACAGCACCAAAGGCGGAAGGUGGUUCAGGUGGCGUCGACUCUUCGGUUAUCAGCGGGCUGAGAGAGGCGGAGGAAACGGCCUUGACUCCCGAACCUAGUUUUGGUGAGGAUAGCGGUGGCAACGGCGACGCUGGUGCCGCUUCGAAGAAAGAACAUGUGAGCGGUGGGGUAGCACAAUCUUCACUCGCUGCAGCUACCGAUACCGGCGCAAGCAUUGUCAACCCGGAAGGCCAACCCCUGACGAAAUACUUGACUCAGGGUCCAAAGCAAAUCACGACGGAUGCAGAUGCCACGCUUCCCGCUUCUGUAACCAAGGAUAUGGAAGAGGAUACGCCUGGUCCGAAGCAGAUCACAACAGCAGCAGGUGCCGUCCUUCCCGCCUCCGUAGUCAAGGAAAUCCAAGACAGGGCCACGGCCGAGCUCCUCGAUCUCCCUAAGAGCAAGGACGACGGUCAUCAGCUCCGCACGGAAACAAGAGGAGGCGUCACCUCCAGAACGGAAGAGGACGAUGACGGCAACGCAGGCUUGGAGGGGCGGGAAAAGGAGGAGGGUUUUUCGCCGACGCCACCUAGAAGGACGAGCAACCCCAUCAGCCGAGGCACACCGCCUCGCAGGGGCAGCAGGGGCGGCAACCUCGCCAUCAUCACCCGGUCUCCGGGAAACGAACCGGACCUUCCUCGGCCGAUGUCGCCAAGGAGCCGGCCUCGAGACCAGCCGCUGAACCUGAUGCGAUUGAGCUUGUCCAACAGGGAGACUCCAAGGGGGGGAGUCUUUGCCAAGAUCCCCGGUCUCGAUCAGCACCUCGUGGUAGAGGCUAGAAAGAUGAACGACCCUCCAAGGUUCAGGCCGCCAAAGCUUGUCUCAGGCACCGUGAGGCAGUACGAUCAGGAAGAAGCAAGUGAGGCGGCCUUCAGGUACCCGGAGUGCCGAGGCGCGGUGUUUCGACCUUCUUUCGCCGACGACGGGUCCUUCGACGAUCUACCGGCGACGUCGCCCCUCCUCUCUGAGCCUCCUCACAGGCUGCGCCUCGAGCGAGCGCGUGGGUAUCACGGCGGUGGUUUUUACCCCUCCACUGACAACAACGCCUUCUUUCUUGGGGAACACCACAUGCCGACCGGUGGCAGAGAUCGUGGCAGUGGCAGCACGGCCAAAGAACAGGCAAAGACGCAUUUCGAGGUGGUUUACCCCACGGCGGCCUUGGUCGUCAUGCACAAAUUCCCUAUUCGAGACGGGGAGUGCAAGGACAAUACAACGGGGGGAGGAGCACAGGGAAGACGGGAAUUCGACAGUAGCGAGGAUGCGGGAGGGGACAAGGAGGACGGGGACGUGGAGAUGAUGCAAAGGUUUUUCGACGGACAUACUGACGAUGUAACGGCCGUGGCGGUUCAUCCGGGAGGCGUGUUUGUGGCAUCUGGGCAGAUCUGCUGUUUGGACUUUAGCCCCGAUGGGUGGCUGCUCUGCUCGGUGGGUGCGGACUGCAAGAGCACGACCAACAUCUGGGACUGGAGAAAAGGGGUGGCCAUCGCCAAAGUGCAGGCAGGGCCGGGGCCGAUCCAUGCGUUUCGCUUCAACCCAUACCAGUCAUACGGCGUGCCAUCGAAAAAGCCAAUCCCAGGGCAAGCGCUCCACAUCGAUGAUGCGUGCUACUGCCUGGUCUCCAUAGGGGUGCGACACAGCAAGUUCUGGCUGCUGACGAGAGGGCUGGAGGAGCCAUCGAAAGACGAGAUCCCGCCGGUUCUGGCCAACGCUAAAUGGACAUCGUCACAGCGCGUUCAGGAAGAGAGGGAAAAGGACAACAAGGGACGGGGAAACUUACGGUGGAUAUUGGACGGUUCCUCCGCUAGGCUCAACGGGAAGGGAAAAACUGCGGACUUCACGUGCUUGACGUUCAUCGACGACUCGCCACCACUUCAGACGUGGGGAAAGAACAACAAGUUCGCGAAGGAUGUGAAACGGGGGAAGGGGGGGAGGGGUAUAUUCCUUGAUCCGUGGUGGCUUUUCGGUCCGGGGCAUGAAGUGACGGCGAACAAGCGGCUCUGGGACCUGGGUGCAGAGCUUGUGGACAACAUCCCACACUCGUUAGAGGCGGCGAAUGACCUGGUGCUCAGUGAUAAGGCGAAGGAGCGGGUGCUUGCACUCGAGAAGAACAUGGCGGUCAAACCGUUGCACCCGGACGUUUUCGAGGAGCUAAAGCGGCAGCACGAUCGCUUCUCGUACACCGGGCCCUUGACUGGUCACGAGGGAGGCGUCUCGGCACUUGCGUUCAACCGAGAAACCGGCAAGGUCGUAUCCGCUGGCACCAACGGGGAGGUCGUUCAGUGGCAGGCGUUCUUCUUCGACCCAACGGUCUGCUUCGACCCAACGGUCCCCCUCUCCUCGACACGGCGGGCUUCAGCGACCGGCAAGCCCUCUGGCAGCGACAGCCACUCCGAAACCUCUGCCUCCAAGACGACUACUUACGGGAUAGCGCCGAACGCCUCUCUUGUCGGUCUGAUCAACGCGAGGCGAAACCGUCAGGAGGACAAGCUGCAGAAGAACCUUCGAAGUCGGGACCCUUCGGAGCCGACGCUCCGACGGAUAGGGCAUGAAGCCCCUAGGGGGGAUGGUCGGGUGGGUGGAGUGGAUGCGUUCGAGAUGGACUAUCAGACCACUCUGGGGCGAGAAGACGAAGGGGAGAUCACCCUGACAGUGGCUCACCCCUCCGACGGAAGCGAUAGCGCCUUCCGGCCCUCCCGUGUCGACAUGUUCGGAUCUUGUGGAAACGUAGACGGGUUUGAGUCCUCCAGCACGAGGAGGGGCCUAGAGAAUUCUGCAAAUGGGGACUCGAGACGAGGGUCAAGGGACCAAGGGGGGCGCGGUGAUGGGCCGGGCUUGGGGAUCUCAGUUGAAGGAGGAGUGGAGUCUGGGCUAAGGGUGGAGUUUUUUUCGACCGAGUUCCGCCAGAGAGGGGGAGAGGGGGAUGAAGCGGCCGUCGCAGGAGACGUUCACCUGACGGGGCGAGUGCACGGCACGGGUUCGACCCGAACGUCCCCUCCGCUUCCGAGAGGAAGCCACUGCAAGAGUCUGGUCUGGUCAAAAGAUGGGAUGCGGCUAUUGACCGGCCUCAACACCAACGUACUGUUGCUGCUCGAGUACCCUGCCGACGACAGAGAAACUUCUUCGGACCGCCGGGUGGUAGCGGUUUCGCCAAGGGGGAGGAGCGCGCACGAAAACACCGGUCCCGUCUUCGACUCGGAUGGGUUCAAGAACUCGAACAACCCCGUCCAUGGUGAUGGAUGGUCGAAGAAACCUUCUCUAACGCGUCUGGUUCAAGGCCAUUCCGGGAGCGUAAUGGCGCUGGCCGUGUUUGAAGGUGUUCCUGAGUAUGUCACUGCGGGAUAUGACAGGUCGGUAGCGAUCUGGAACACCGCUUCAAAUCUCCCGGUGGCCUGGUGCCACAACCUCCCCAGCCCAAUAUCCUGCCUGGCGUGCAGCCCUGACCUUGAAGAAAUCGCGGUCGGGACCGUCAACACCAACGAGAUAUUCUUCUUGAAGGUGCACCGAGCACGACAAAGCCCCGACCCGACGCAAGAGGAGGAGCGUGGGUGGGGUGAUGCCCCCGGCAACAACGCGGCAACCGGGAUGGAGUUGCGGCACUCCAAACAGCUGCUGCCUGACUCGGCGUGGGCCAAGCGCAGGCCACCAGGCCCCAACGCCCGUUGGAACACUACGAAGCCUUCUUGGGACCGCUGUAAGAUCGUGACGCUGGACGGGAAGGACACACCGCAUGCAGGGGGCAGCAGCGGCGGCGCACCUAGCAACGGGGGCACGAGCGGGGGUGGCGCGAGCCUUCCGCAUUUGCCGCACCCGACUCCAAGGGUAUCGCCAGCUCGCUCGAGGGUGAGUCCUUCUCGGCCUACUACCUUUGGGGUGGUGCCUGGCGGAAGAGGGGCGGGGUUCAGGAUAGACGAUCAGAGCAGACGGGGCCGUCGAAGAUACUGCGACGGCGGCGGGGAACCGCCACGGGGCAUGGGGGCGUCGUGCAUGCGUUAUUCGCCGUCGGGAUCUCAUCUGGCGAUUGGCUGCAAGAACGGAAGUCUCGUGAUCAUGGCCGUUGAGCACGACGACGGAAGGUACGACGACGCGGGGGAGCAACGAGGAACAUCAAGAGGUAUCAGCCUAGGCCGGGGUGUUGAGCAGCCGCCAGGGGUGCCGGCGGGGAUGGGGAUGAGAGACCCCGCAUACGAAGAGUUUUCGGCCGACACCGGCAGCGAGCCGUCGCCUUCAUACCGACCAAAACGAGGGCGAAGAACGGUCUACCGGCGAAUAGCCCACCUCAAGGGCCACAGCUCUAGAGUGCUCCACUUAGAUUGGACCGAGGAUGGGCGCUUCGUGCACACCUGCGGACAGGACUACCAUCUCUUGCACUGGGACAUUCUCCCCCCGUCCUCCCAUCGCCAAGGAGACGAUGCGGUUAGAGAUGGGGGGGCAGGCCGGGACGCGUGCAACGGUGGAGGUGACGAGGAAGACGAUGAGGCAUUCGCGGGAGAGUCCCGUCCCCGAAUUUUCAAGCGGGCGUUCUUGGUGAGGAACGAACCGUGGGCGACUUGGUCCAGCACGAUCGGAUGGCCGGUGCAGGGAGUGUUCCCUGCAUACUCAGACAACACGGAGGUGAACGCCGUGGACCUGUGCAAAGACCGUGAACUCCUAGCCGCAGCCGACGACGCGAAGACUGUGAGAUUGCUGAGAUAUCCAGUGCUGAGGGGGGGCGCGCGGAAUCGUAGCUACACGGCGCACAGCUCGCACGUGAUGGGUGCGAGGUUCACCGUCGGGGUGGAGCCAACCAGGCUCAUCACGCUUGGCGGGAUGGACUCAACCGUAAUCCAAUGGGUCGUAGAAGACGCUCCUUCCUCGAGAUAA